AUGGUAUUCGCCUGGUUUCAACGGGCUACCUCGCCUACUAUUUUUGCAGAUCAAUCCGCACUGUUGUCUCCGCUACUCAAGGAUAUCUCUGGGACACCCGAAGGAGACUUGAAUCGCAGAAAUUUGAAUUAUGGGGUGGAACUAGAAUACGUUUUGGCAUUCCAUGAGCUAGAACUCGAUCUUACAGAUACUUUUGGGCGCGGCCCUGACCAUGGAAUUGAGAAAAAUGUCCCAUUAGCCCUUCGUCGCACACCAGCGUGGAGUCCAGCUGUCACGGCACGCCUUGGCAGAACUUCCAAUCUCAUUUACAAUAGUUGGGGUAUUCUUGAAAACAACGUCAAGAGUGAAGCUAUUAUGAGGCCCUAUGACCUCGAGCCACAAUCAAUAGUAUUGAGAAAAUUGAACGAGAAGGUUGCACUGGUCAGAAAUAAAGUUCAGCACAGGGGAGAACAAGAAUCAUCAGAUAAGGUUGAUGGAGCCUACAAUCAAUGGAUCGUUGCGACAGAUAGAACAGUCGUUGGUCAAGGUUCCGCAAAUCUUUAUAAAUGGUUGCCACGUCUCUCUAGCAAUGUUUGGAAAAAUUGGGAUUCUUAUGGCAUCGAAGUGAUAUCUCGAGUUCUUGGAAGCAACAACGUUCAAGAUAGAGUCGAGCUUGAAGAAGUGGUCAACACACUUAAGGGCGACGGCGAAGAUCUAUAUGAAGGCUUUAUCACAAAUCAAUGUGCUCUGCAGGUUCACGUUGAAGUCCUCGAUCUCGACGUCCUGAAAGAAUUAGCGGGCAUUCUGUUGAUUUACGAAGAGGAGAUAUCAAAGCUACAUCCUAGAUGUCGUCGUCCAGGACAUCGUGUUGCUAGAAGCAACCUUACGAGUAAUCGCACGAGAAUAUUCCUAGGCCCUAAUUUUGUCCUUUCUGAUGAGAACACACCGCUGCUCUGGGACCAGCGUACGACGACAUCUCUCUUGAGGCAACGAAGAACAAUUCAGCAGAUUCGCGAUGAGAUUAGUAAGCUUCGAGACGAAACGGAGGUCGCUGAAUACAUGUGUUUUCCUGGAUUAUCCAGGCUCAGGGUCGUAAAUUUUAGACCAUUGACACGUCCAACACGACCCUCAACCAUUGAAUUUCGACAAGCUCGUGGUUCACUAGAUAUAGAAGAUGUCACUCAUUGGGUCGAUUUCUGCGUGGGGCUAGUACAGCUUGCGGAACACUAUUUUCACAAUCCAGACGCCAGAAUUAAGAAUUGGGCUGAAGAUGUCGAUGUCGACGACAACGGUAAAAAGCUUGAUAUAUUCCAUUUGUUGGAAGAAAUGCAAUUUGAUGAGGAGACCAUGAGAUAUUGGCAACAUAGAAUCGCUAAGUAUAUGGUGGUGGGGAGGGAUGAGGACGAGCGAAGUGAUAUUGAGAAUAUUCCCACGGAAAAGAAAACCAAAUCACCUUCCAAAACCCCCUCUGGUCCAGGAGCACGACCUGGCGGAGCACCACUCAAGUCUCCUCCCGAUGGAAGACCCCCACGACCUCCUGGAGGAUCGAAGGACAAAACAUCAACGCUAGCCGCCCCACUGAAGCCAAAACCUACUAAAACAAUUUUACCCCCCGUACCUCCAUUAUACUCUCCCACUACUCCAGCGGUUCCGUCAAAAACCCCAAAACCUAUAGAAACGCCUAGCAAAGUUAUUUCACCGAGAAAACUUGCUUUGAUGAAAAUGUUGGAAGCAAAGGAUGGUUCCAAUAAACCCUUCUUUGAUGUAGACACUGCUGAAGGCUCUACCAUUCCACCACCAUCUCCCGUUCAUACCCCAGCUGAGUUACAUAUUUCUGCUGCUGCUCCACCGCGUCCACCACUUCUACCACUUCCACCGCCUUCCUUCUCAUUGGCAGGAUUAUAUAAACAGACAAGUGUCGCGCCACCUCCACCAAGACCUGGAUUUUCGAUUCCUGCUACUGCUCCUCCACUUCCACCAACAUCAUCCUCAUUGAUAGGGCCAGAUAGCAAGACAGGCACAUUGCCAUUUGACCCAAGAUUGGAAGAUCCGUUUGUUGGGGAUGAUAUUCCACGCCCCGAAGACUUUUAUACAAGAUACAAUACUGCAUCAGAUCCCUUCAAAGCAACAGGAGUACCCGGCACUGUCCAAUAUCCAGAUAUUACCGGCUCUGGAGGUGUUACUUUUGCUACACCAGGGAGAGUCGGCGUCGUGGGUGAUGGGAAACAGCAAGAAAAGCCAGAGACGUCAAAAGAGCCAGAGAAAGAUCUGGGGACAGCCGAUACUACUCAUUAUAUGAAACUUCCAGGUGGCAGAUAUGCUAAAGUAACAUCAUUCAGUUAUUUUCCUGGUGUAAAAACAAUUUUCGUGCCAAAUCCCAAUUACAAAUGGGACGAUUUUACGACAGAUUCAGAUAAGGAACCCACGACUGGGAUUUUUACCGAUGAUAUUUUUAAAGAUCCCAUGGAUAUAGAACCAAUAGUGACAAGCUCGACUAUUGAAGCUUCUUCCACGCAACCUGCAUGGGAUGAUGAAGAACAAGUACCCUCAGAUGAUGAAUUCAAGACUGGGAUUCUUUCCGGUAAUAUUGGACAUCCUAUCGAUACACGUCCAACAGUAACAAGCUCAAUUAUUCAGCCUACUUCCUCGAAACCUGCAUGGGAUGAUGAAGAAGAAGUAGUCUCAGAUGAGGAACCCGUGUCCAGAACGGUUCCUAGUAUCCAAAAAUCUCUCUCAACAACUCAGGCUCCGGUCAAAAUACCCAAGGCUCCAGUCAAAUCACCUAAGGCUCCAAUCAAGUCACCUAAGGUUCCAGUUGGAUCACUUUCCAAGCAACAGCUCGAGGAAUUGGUUGCUGGAACGUUUGGUAAAACACAAGCCCAGGUUUCCCACUCAAUUCCUACGGUUCCUAUAUCAAGUUUGUCCUUGAAGAGACACGCAGAAGACCUUUCAGCAGAUAAGAAAGAUGGCAAAAAACAAAAGCCGAGCCCUAAGUCUCCCCGUACGCCCGGUUCUAAGCCCACAGGUCAAUACUCGUUCGAUGUCAUCCUCGAUGUAUUAAACUCCUACAACGGCUUACCCCAGCAGGAAUUUGAAAGGCGGGUGAACGACUUGUACGAUACUACUCAGGAAAAUAAAGAUGUUGUAUCACGGGCCGUUGCACACCAUGCAAAAAAUCAUCGGAUACCACUGCCCUCUCAUGUACCGGGACAUAGCGAUUCAAGGGAUACGACGAUCGCUCAAAAGAUCCAGAACGAGUGGAGACCGAAACCCGAUACAAGUGGGGACGAGGCGUUUGCUAGGAUGCUUGAAGCAGAGGGCGAGCCUCCGCUUACGGACGAGGAGCUUGCACUUAUAUUAGCCAGACAGCAGGAGGAAGAGGAAGCCACACGUCGUGCGGGAUCCAGAGUCGUCGCCCAAGAAUUGAUAGUUAAACACCCGCCACUCACUAAAUUUGGACCGGAGAGGCUGGAUACUGUCAACGCCGGCACUGUUCAUGAGAGACUUAGAAUCCAAAAUUUCAGAAGAAAUGAAUGGGAUGUGUUACCUACGCCAGCUUCUGUUUCUGGUCGAUUCGGUCAAUGCGGCGCAGCCGCCGUUGCAAAUGCUAUGCGUCAUCAAUAUCCCAAUGAGCCAUGGACCCGAGGCCUAACCCCAGAAAACUUUUUGAGAAAAUGGGUUGACACAGUUCCGAGAGUCGGAGAUGCAGGGCGGCGGGACUAUUAUGACGAGGAACAGCUCAAUAAUGCCGUGCAGCGCCUUACCAAUGGGCAGCUGCAAAUUGCAGUGGUCCACGAAGGUUUGGAAACUCAGGGCUUUGCUAGAAAUAACGCUCUCUUGACCGCAAAUGGUGAGCGGGCUAGGUAUCUAUAUUUACACUUGAUUCAUUCAGGUUUCAGACAACAAGGUGGAGUCGCUUCUUAUAUGCAUUGGGAAGCAAUGUCUAGAAAACGUGGUGUUACAGAGCAUAAGUAA